AUGGCCGAUAAAACUAGCGAACUCAAGCAGAAAGGCAACCAGGCACUUGCGGAAUCGCGGUUCAGCGAUGCUAUAGAAUUUUACUCGCAGGCGAUCGCCUUGGAUCCGCAGAACCACGUUUUGUACAGCAACCGUUCGGCUGCAUAUGCAAAGGCAAAGAGGUACGAAGAAGCUUUGAAAGAUGCAGAGGAAACGAUUCGUCUCGACAAGAAGUGGAGCAAAGGUUACUCUCGCAAGGUCGCUGCACUGUCCUUUAUGAACCGUCAUGAGGAAGCUGUUCAGUGUUGCGAGGAAGGCUUAAAGUACAAUCCGGACAAUGAACAGCUGAAAGAAAGUUUAAGGAACGAAAAGGCCGCUGUAUCAUCGUCAGGAUCAGAAGGUGGUUUUCCAAACCUGUUCGAUGACCCGAAUAUGAUCACAAAGUUGGCGAUGAAUCCGAAGACCAGGGAGUUACUGAAAGACGAGGAAUUUGUCCAGAAGCUUCGUCAAAUGUCAACGAAUCCUGAGCUGGCAGACUUUAAAGAUCCGCGUCUUCUUCAAGUCAUGUCCGUGUUGCUUGGUAUCGACAUGGACAAUAUGCAAAGACAUCAGCCGUCAGGCCAACGUGAAUCUGAAACCGAUGGUAAUUCUCAGUCGCACGAUAAGACCGACGAACCAAUGGACGUCGACCAAGAGAGUGAUGAGAAGAAAAAGGCAAUGCAACAAAAGCAGUUGGGAAAUGAAGCGUACAAAAAGAAGGAUUUCGCUACUGCGCACCAACAUUAUGAAAAGGCAAUCGAAUUGGAUCCAACUAACAUAACUUUCUAUUCAAAUAAUGCAGCCGUGUUCUUCGAAGAAGGCAAGUUCGAAGAGUGUAUUAAGUCUUGUGAUAAAGCAGUGGAAGUUGGGCGAGAAAAUCGUUCGGAUUACAAACUGAUUGGCAAAGCGUACGCAAGGGCGGCAAACGCGUCGUUGAAACUUGACAAUUACGACAAGGCGAUCUACUAUUUUGACAAGUCUCUCUCUGAGCACCGCGAUCCGAACGUCGUCCGACGCCGCCACGAAAUCGAACGACUGAAGAAGGAGCAUGACAAAAAAGCGUACAUCAACCCCGAGCUGUCCCUUCAGGAGAAAGAGAAGGGCAACCAGUGCUACAGCGAAGGUAAUUAUCCGGAUGCGAUCAAGCAUUACAAAGAGGCGAUACUACGCAACCCCGACGACGCGCGGCUCUACUGUAACCGCGCCGCAUGUUAUACGAAACUCAUGGAGUAUCACCUGGCGCUGAGCGACUGCGACGAGGCGAUUAAACGUGACCCGAAAUACGUUAAAGCGUACAUACGCAGAGGAGCAGCGCUGAUGGCCAUGAAAGAACCCAGUCGAGCGUUAAAGGCUUACGAAGAAGCACUGAAAUUGGAACCCGGAAGUCAGGAAGCACUUAAUGGAGUGAAUGAGGCUACAGCUUCUUGCAGCAGCAACCCUGAGGAAAUGAGGAAAAAAGCUCUAGAAGAUCCCGAGAUUCAAGCGAUUUUGGCUGAUCCAGCCAUGCGUCUGAUCUUGGAGCAAAUGACCCAAGAUCCUAAGGCAGUCAAAGAGCAUUUGCAAAAUCCAGACAUCGCUUCCAAAAUCGAGAAAUUAAUAGAUUCUGGUAUUAUCGGCAUAAGAUAA